AUGGUCAAGGGGGACGUUGUCACCAUCGCCUCGGCGACCUUCCUAGCCGUAGGAGGUUUCCUCUUUGGCUAUGACUCCGGUAUCAUUGGAUCUUCCAUUUCUCUCCCUCAGUUCAAAGAAUACUUCAACGACCCCGACAACGAUGUUGUCGGUGGUAUCGUCAGCUCUUUCCAGGGUGGUGCCGUUCUUGGAACGAUUUUCAAUAUGGUCAGUAUUUGUCUUCUCGGCAGGAAGAAGACUAUCGUCGUGGGCUCGAUGAUAUCACUCCUCGGUUCUGCUCUUCAGGGUGGCGCUGCCAACAUCGCCAUGCUGAUUGUCGGUCGCUUCAUCAGCGGUAUGGCUGUAGGCACCUUGACCAGCACGAUUCCCAUGUACGCCUCCGAGCUGUCCAUGCCCAGAUGGAGAGGUGCUCUUUCUGGAUUACUCCAGUGGUUUCUCAGCUGGGGAUUCUUGAUCGCUCAGUGGCUCGGUUAUGCCUGCUCUUUUGCUCCCGGCGCCUUCUCAUGGCGAUUUCCACUUGCCUUCCAGUGUGCUCCUGCUGCUAUCUUACUCGCUGGUAUCUGGUUUUUACAGGAGUCUCCUCGAUGGCUUAUGGAGAAAGACAGACAUGAGGAAGCACGAGCCGUCCUUGAAAAGCUCAGACAAGGCGAUGACCCCUCACGAAUCGACCUGGAGUUCAUUGAGAUUCGCGACGUCAUCGCUGCAGACCGCGAGAUUGGCAAGGUUUCUGCCAUGUCCAUCCUUACAAAGGCAUCCUGGAGAAAGAGAUUGUUACUUGGAUGCGGUGUGCAAGUGUUUGGUCCCCUCUCGGGUAUCAACGUUAUUAACUACUACGGACCUCGCAUUUAUGAGAUUAUCGGCAUUGACAACCAGACAUCCCUUAUGAUCAUUGGCAUCAGCGGCGCUCUCUCCAUCGUAUACUGCACCAUCGGUCUCUACUUCCUUGACAAGGUUGGUCGUGUCAAGCCUUUAAUCGUCUCAGCCGCCGGUCUGGCCGCUUCUGUGUUGGUCAACUCCAUCCAAGCUCAGUACUUGGACCCGAACAAUAUCAACCAGGCCCGCUCCAUGGUGGCUAUGAACUUCCUUUUCAGCUUGUUCUACACCCCUCUGGGUAUCAUUUCGUGGGUAUACCCUGCCGAGAUCUUCCCCGUCGAAGUACGCGCUCUAGGCAACGCCAUUACCACCUUCUCUAACUGGGUUGUGAACCUUGUCUUCGCCCAGUUCUCGCCCGCUGCGCUGGCCAAGCUCGGCUUCGGUUAUUUCUACGUCUUCUUCGCGUUCAAUCUCAUUGCCCUGGUCUGCUACUGGUUUUUCUAUCCCGAAACAAAGGGCCGCACUCUGGAGCAGAUGGAUGUGCUCUUCGGCGAUCAACUCGUUCCCCACGCGCUCGACGAUCCGGUGGGAGCCGCGGCCAUCUCCAAGGAGGGUUAUUUAACGCAUGUCGAAGAGCACGAGAAGACGGAUGCUCCCGAGGAAAGGGUUUAA